GGUGUGGCCUCACCAAAAGUCAAAUGGGUGAGGCUUUGCACAACCCGCUUUGAGCAGGAGGUUGGGCUUGAGACUUUUUCCAGCCUGAAUCCUUCUGAGAUCCUGCGACAACACGCACAUCUCUUCACUGGUGUGACUCCUCUCGUUUCUCACAACCCAGGGGAAUGACGAUGACCAGCCUCCUGCCUUCACCGGGGGACGGGAACUGCUACUACAUCCUGACAGAAGACUGUGCCUAUGGCAGCAAGUACUUCCAAGCUGGGAACAUGUGUUUCUGCAGCGAGAGAAGUUACCUGCGCAACUUCUCCGAUGACGGGCCCUCGGCUUGCUUUUUGAAAGUUAUCAUGCUGGAUGACAGCUCCACCGUUACCAUAAACAUAGAAAUCCUUCAGCCUGUGCGCGAGGACAUGGCCGUCUUCCUCCUGGCCAUCAGCAGCCACAACGAACGCUUGAACUACUUCUUGGAGAGGCUGAGCCUUGAAGCAGCUCUGCAGGCCGUGCCAGGCCAAAAAGUGAUGGUGGAGGUUGACCGUCAAUAUGUCCCUGGUAUCAUCCGCUACAUCGGGAGCAUUUCCAAGAACACUUCACCUGUGCUGUCCCCGUUCUUCUUCGGCGUGGAGUUACAGGGCGAGGGAGAGAACAGAGGGCGCAGCAAUGGAUCUUACCACGGCACUGAGUAUUUCAAGUGCAAGCGGAACUGCGGGAUCUUCCUGCCGUUCAGCAGAGUCCAGUUUGCUCCCGCGCCAGAUGACAGCUGUGGGAAACAGAAGCCAAAACUGGACACGGAGGAGGUGGUUCCUGUGAAAGUGGGAGAUGCAGUUAGCUUCUACGUGGACAAGGUGCUCACAAAAGGAAUAGCGAUGGCAGUUUACAGGGAGGGAACGCAAUGGUUCGUGAAAGUUUGUCCGGAAGAGGAAGGAACAACGGACAUUUUCAGAGAAAUCCCUAUGGACUCUGUUGUGAAGGAAAGCUUGCCAAGUUUAUAUUCACUGUUUGAGUCCGACAUGGGCUUGGGACGCCCAACCCAAAUGAAACGAGAGAUAAACGAGAGCGGUGAGGAGUGUGAAAGUGGGAAUUCAUCCCUGGAGGUGAACUCCAUGGUCCAGAUCACCUUGGACAAGGGAAAUCAGGUUUCAGGAAUCAUCCGCUGGUUGGGCUACCUGCCCCAAAUUAAAGACAAAAUGGCAGGAGUUGAACUGGAUGAAGAUAAAGGGGUCACUGCUGGCGAAUGGCUGGGCAAAUAUUACUUCCACUGCGCUCCAAAACGUGGCCUCUUCGUGAAGCUGCAGUCCUGCCAGCCCGACGUCCGCUUCCAGUUUUCGCACGAGAGCGACCUGAGCCUCGUGGAUUACAGAGGGCAAGAAGUUCUUCCGCAGGCUCCAGACAGUUUUCCUCCCCUCAGGAACGAGGCAGCAGUGCAUGUCCUGCGAGGGCGGAUGAAGGGCAUCCAAGGCCACUGUAAUUCCUGCUAUAUGGACGCAGCUCUCUUCAGCCUCUUCUCCUGUACGUCCGUGCUGGACUCCAUGCUCUUCAAGCCCUUCACUCUGUGUGACAGGAAUGUCCAGAGCAUUCUGCGGGAUGAGAUUGUUAAUCCCCUCCGAAAGACUGGCUUUGUCAGGGCUAGGAGCGUGAUGCACCUGAGGGAGCAGCUGACUGAAAAAGGCCAGUGUUCAAGUUUUACCAACGCUGAGAAAGAUCCUGAGGAGUUCCUCAAUCUCAUCAUGCAUCAGAUCCUGGGAAUUGAGCCGCUCUUAAAACUGCAGUCAGGAGGCCAGAAGGAGCAGGACUGUUACUGCUACCAGAUAUUUAUGGACAAACAGGAGGAUCUGGUGGUUCCUGACGUGCAGCAGUUAGUGGAACGCUCCUUCCUGUCCUCUGAUCUGAAGCUAGUGGAGAUCCCAUCUUGCUUCAUUAUCCAAAUGCCGCGUUUUGGGAAGGAAUAUAAAAUGUUCAGCAAAAUCAUUCCUUCUCUGGAGCUGGAUAUAACAGAUCUGCUGCUAGACAGUAAGUUGUUGAGUGAUGGCAAAGCUGCUGGCUGGGACUGUGAGCAACCAUGUGACAGGUCUCACCUCCUUGGGUUGUGAACAGAUGUGAGGUGGGAUCACAGAAUCAUCUUGGUUGGAAAA